UAGAAGAGGACGUGCCAGACGAUUGAAUUACUUACUUAUUAAGUAUAUUACAAAAUUAAAUUUGAAUUUUAUAAUAUAAAGAGUUACGUUCAUUUUUAUUAUAAUAAAGUGACUGUAUAUUAGUACUAAUAAUACUGUGCAUUGCGUAUCUCAUAACCGCGAUGCACCGUAUAAAGAGUAAUGCGAUGUUCAUUGUUUAUUUAUGGAUAUUAUUUCAUUGGCAACAAGCUUCGGGAAAAAAUAAUGGGACUGAAAUUGAAAAACAAAAUAGCGAAAGUACACCAGUAUCCGUGAACUCCAGGUUUUUUGAUCUUGGACAACUUUUCAACCCACUAUUUUCAAACUUUAAUCAAAACCGGCCCGCUGGGAAUGUUGGAACAAAUUUUCCAGAGAACUCGCAAUUUUCUCCUGUACAGGGUUCUUUUCCUCAAAGACCAAAUCUAGGAAAUCAAUGGGCAAAUGAAAAUCAAGGCAACUUAAGGCCACCUGUAGACCAAGAAUUCAAUUCGCAACAACCAUAUGAGGCAAAUCAAUGGCAACCUCCGCAGUUUUCUGGCCAGGGAUCAGUCAGUAGACCGGAUUACCCUGGUGGAUAUAACAGUAAUCAAAUGCAACAGCCAAAUCAAUAUGUCGGAAGUAAUCAGAACCCAUCCAAUUGGAGACCACAAAAUAAUUUUCAAGGAUCAAACCAGUAUCCAAAUCAAUUUGACUCAAAUGGCCUUUAUACUCAUGUUCAGUUGCCAACGAAUCAGGGCCAAGAUCGGAAUCAACCACGGCCGAUUCCUAAUCCAGAACAAAACAAUCCAAAUAUGUUUCCUGGACCAGAAUAUCAGCGUCCACCUUCUAUUAUUGUCAACAAUUAUACUUCUAAUCAAUACCCUGGGAACAUGCCACAAGGGCAAGACUUUGGAGCAAAUAAUAACUUCUACCCUAACCAAGGAAGUUGGCAGAAUCCUAACAAUUCAGGCGGCACUUUAGAUGACAUGAUUUCUACUCAAGUAAAUAAUGGUAGUGGAAAUAAUGCGAUACUAGGAAAACCUGUGAUUAUCCCUACCACAACUAUCAAUCCAGACCAAAUAGUCUUUGAUGACAGUUCGGAGAGUCCGUUACAAAGACAGUGUGUGCAAGACUGCCCCGCCACUCCGGAAUACAAUCCAAUAUGCGGAACAAAUAACGUAACUUAUUUUAACCCGGGGAAAUUUGUCUGUGCCCGGAACUGUGGUGUUUCCGUUUACGUUGCGCGGCGAGGAGUAUGUCGUCGAAGGCCGAUGUAGAAUUUUAUGAUUAAACGUUAUUUAUUUUUGAAAGACCAUUGAAUUUGCAUUUAUUGGGAUUCUUUUAUUGAAUAUUUGUACGGCGUUCAACAGUUGUUUAACAGCUGACGUGGUUUGGUAAAGUUUUUAAAAUAAGAUCAGUAAAAACAAAAGCCCUCCG